AUGACUAUGGAAUCCCUUUCAGAAGAGGAUUAUUGUCGAGCUAACAAAAUAUGGAACAUCUUUAAUUGUAAAACUUUGGGAGAAUACGCGGACAUAUACCUAAAAUCUGAUGUUCUUUUGUUAGCGGAUGUUUUUGAAAAUUUCAGUUGGGAUGCCAUGUUACACUCUACUGGAGUAGAACUGGAACUGUUAACCGAUAUAGAUUCUGUCCAUUUUUUUAGAAGAGGAAUACGUGGUGGUGUUGCUCAGUGUAGCAAUAGAAAAGCUGUGGCUAACAACAAGUUUAUUCCUAAUUUUGAUCCUCUGAAACCGACAUCAUAUAUUAUGUAUUUAGAUGCCACAAACUUGUACGGUGCAGCAAUGAAACAGCCCUUACCAACUGGAGGAUUUCGAUGGGUCGAGAAAGAUGAGAUUGAAAACUUUAAUGUUUCAGAUAUAAAUGAUGAUGCACAUAAAGGUUAUGUCUUGGAAGUGGACUUGCAAUAUCCAGCACAUCUUCAUGACAUUCAUAAUGAUCUUCCUCUAGGUCCUGAGAGUAUGAUACCACCAAACAGUAAAACAGCUAAACUGAUACCAAAUUUAAAUGAUAAGUACAAGUAUGUAAUUCACUAUCGGAACCUGAAACAGUACUUAAAAUAUGGAUUAAAGCUUAAGAAAAUUCACAGGGUGUUGGAGUUUUCACAGUCAACAUGGUUGGGAUCAUAUAUAGAUUUAAACACUAGACUACGGAAUGCGUCCAAAAAUGAAUUUGAAAAGGAUCUGUUCAAACUGAUGGUGAACUCAAUUUUUGGUAAAACAAUGGAAAACGUUGACAAAAGACAAAAUAUCAAACUAUGUUCAUGCUGGGAAAGUAAAAAAGGUUCUAUUGGCGCACGAGCACUAAUAGCCCUUCCACAUUUUAAAUCUUGCUCAAUAUUUGACGAAAACUUGGUAGCUGUUCAAUUACAAAAGUUGAAAGUCGUAUACGAUAAACCACUUUACGUUGGAUUUUCAAUCUUGGACAUUUCGAAGACAAUAAUAUAUGAUUUCCUGUACGAUUAUAUCAAACCUAUAUAUGGCGACAAAGCAACUGUGCUUUAUACGGACACAGAUUCUCUUAUAUUAGAGCUGUUUACGGAAAAUGUAUAUGAGGAUAUAAGGCAGAACAUUGGAUAUUUCGAUACAUCAAAUUUUCCAAAUCCUAAUAUUCACAAUAUGCCCAUUACAAAAUCGGUAGUUGGAAGGAUGAAGGAUGAAUAUGCAGGAAAACCCAUAGAAAGUUUUUAUGGUACAGGCGCCAAGGCAUACUGCGUAAAAGCAGGUGACGUCACAAAAAAAGCAAAAGGUAUUUCUAAAAGUAUAAUUAAACAUGAGCUGGACUUUACUGACUAUGUACACAUUGUUGAAAACGGUGGGACCAUAUUCCGUAAAAUGCAAAUAUUUACCUCUACGUUGCACACUAUUUACACCGAACUCAAAAAUAAAGUGGCACUUUCGGCAACUGAUGACAAAAGAUAUGUUAAAGCUGACGGUAUUCAUACUUUGGCAUGGGGGCAUGUGGAUGUGACAGCAGAAAAAAAUUUGAAUGCUUUGCUGGAGGCAGCAGAACUGUUGCUUAGUGAGGAUAAACAGGAACAGGAUGAAAAAGAUUGGGAUUUUGAUUUAAGUUUAUUCGACUUGUAA